CCUGACGACCCCCAUAUCCGCCCCCUGAAUAUUUCUUACGUGCUUUCUUGCAUGCGCCCCUUUUCUCUAACAGCGCGCGAUCCCCGUAAUCAUGACUGAUUACUUAUCAUGGAAAGUGACUGAACUGAAGGCGGAACUGAAGCGGCGCGGCAUCGCGCAAACCGGCCUCAGAGUGAAACAGCAAUUUAUUGACAAACUCGUGGAGGAAGAUGCGAGGGCCGAGGAGAAUUCAACGCUGAAUGAAGAGCCCACCGUAACACAGGAUGCUGUUGAGGAGUCGCAACCUGUCGAGGAGAAGCAACCUACGUCGCCUAUCGCGGACGCUGAAGUAGAGUCACACGACCAGAAGACCAAGAAACCAGUGCAGGAACAACAACAGAAUGAAGAAGCCCCGAGCACCGAUAUUGGCGAAGCGCAAGCCGGACAGCAGCCUCUGAAUGUAACACAGAUUGGCGACACGACCACUGAGGAGAAGCAGCAACAAACGCCAGCGUCGGAGCCGGCAGAACAAACAGAAGCUCGGCCUGAACCUGGGACUUCUGCACAUCCGGUUGAGCUGGCUCCCGGAGAUAUGGAAGCGCAGCAACCUACACCUGCGAGAGCAGAGGGCACAGAUCACCCUGAGCAUACUGAAAAGGAAGCACCAGCUGCUCCUCCCCCCUCGGAAUUGAAUACUGGAUUAUCCACACCACUCCCUCCUGAGGAGCUCUUCGAGGACUCUCGAAAACGGAAGCGCCGUAGCCAGAGUCCUGUUCCCACAGCAGAGGCGAUUGCGAACAAGAAGGCGAAGCUUCCAGAAGAAGCCCCUAAGGUUCUCUUGCCUGAGGACACAGGUGCGAUGGACAUUGACGAGCACGCGAAACACGACGAAGCUGCCUCAGUUCCGCAAGAAGCAUUCAAAGAACACGUUGAUGAUAACCAAUCCGAUGAAAAGGCUGACAUGCCUCGUGAUGACUCGCCCCAGCCAGAUAGUUCCGAUACCUCGCGACCAAAGAAGAGCGCUGCACCAAAACAAGACGUUCGCUUUAAAGGCCUUUUUACAGGCGGCGAGUCCGAACAGACCCGCCCUGCGUCUCCCCCUGCUGACACAGUAGCGGAAGAUGUGAACGUUGAGCCAGCUUUGCAUGUCGCGACAACAGCUCUGUACGUGGACGGCCUCAUGCGUCCGCUCCAACCGGCUGCACUUAAAAACCACCUUAUCAAUAUAGCAUCCCCUCCUGGAGCUUCGCCCGAUCCCGACGUGGUUGUCAAUUUCUACUUGGACUCUAUUAAGACGCAUUGCUUUGUCAGUUUCACAAAUAUCACAGCUGCCUCUCGUGCCCGUGCUGCGCUUCAUAACACCGUUUGGCCUAACGAACGCAACCGCAAAACUUUGUUUGUGGACUUUAUCCCUGAGCAUAAACUGCAGGAAUGGGUUGAUAUGGAAGAAAAUUCCCGCCCACGUGGCGGCCCUCCAGUGCGCUGGGAGGUGAAGUACGAUCGAACAGACGAUGGGGUUGAGGCAGUCUUGGAGGAAAUUGAUUUAAAGAAUGCUGGAACUCGUCAACCCCGUGGUUCAGCGGCAAGUGAUUUUUCUCGUCCUCCACCUUUGGGUCCACGAGCGGACAUGGAGAAGCAGGACCGACGUCCCAGUGGUGCCUCCUGGCCGGAGCCCAGCCCUCGACCUGGGCAAGGGUUCAAGCCUCUGGAUGAACUAUUCAAGUCCACUACCGCUAAGCCUAAGCUGUACUAUCUUCCUGCCCCUCGUGACGUGGCGGAUCGACGGCUAGACCGCUUCGACGACCUUUUGCGGAAGGGAUCGUAUCCCCGUCCAGGCGGAGACGAAACUCGCCGGAUUACCUUCGAGGACGGAGACUUAUUCGUGGAUAAUGGCCCUGAAUUCCCCGGUCGGAAUCGGCGACGAGGAGGCCGCGGCCGAGGCCGGGGUGGCUUUGGGGAUUCAUGGAGGGGAGAUAGAAAAGGCCGUUUUUAAGGGUGAUGCAUGCUAUAAUUAAAUAUUUGGGGUUUACUUGAUCGCGCUAUGGUACCAUUUCUUUUUGACCUGGGAUCUUCUCUAGGGUUAUGAUGUGUACAGUAUAUUUGGCCGACAAAACAAAAGCCGGAUGGGGCACUUUAGGGAUGUAUGUAUAUUAAAG